CUGGAGGGGAGACCCCAUGGCCGGGGGAGCAGGGGCAUCCAGGCCCAGGACCAGAGCUGAGGCCUGGGGGCGGGGCUGGGAGCCUCCACUUCCUCCUCCUCCCUUCCAGCCCUGGUCUGUGGCCUCAUCGUGCAGCUCAGAAAGGGGAAAUUGUUGCGUUUAAAGUCCAGCAGGUGAAAGGUCGGGGCCAGGGCAUCUGAGUCCAUCGGCAGCGACCAGAGACAGGAGACAUGAAGAGGACCAGAGGGAGCCUUGAGGCCUGGGGGAGCCUGGUGCUGCUGGGCCUGUGCAGCUGGACAGGGUCCUGGGCAACUGUCCCCAAGCCCGUCAGAAACCUGAGCGUGAAGGACCAGACCAACAGUUCCAUCACCCUGGGCUGGACAGAGCCAGAUGGCACGGCCUCUCAGCACUACCUGUACAGGAUCCAAUGGGAGGGUACCGGCACACCUGGGAACAAAAGCACGGACAACACCAGCGUCCUUGUGGACGGACUGCAGCCCGGGUCCUGGUACCAGUUUGCCGUGUGGGUGGAGCUAAAUGGAACCCGCAGCUCCGAGGAGACUUGCAAUGUCAGCACAGCUCCCAACAGGGUCACGGAUCUGCACAAGGAAGCUCAGACCAACAGCUCCAUCACCCUGGGCUGGACAGAGCCAGAUGGCACGGCCUCUCAGCACUACCUGUACAGGAUCCAAUGGGAGGGUACCGGCACACCUGGGAACAAAAGCACGGACAACACCAGCGUCCUUGUGGACGGACUGCAGCCCGGGUCCUGGUACCAGUUUGCCGUGUGGGUGGAGCUAAAUGGAACCCGCAGCUCCGAGGAGACUUGCAAUGUCAGCACGGCUCCCAACAGGGUCACGGAUCUGCACAAGGAAGCUCAGACCAACAGCUCCAUCACCCUGGGCUGGACAGAGCCAGAUGGCACGGCCUCUCAGCACUACCUGUACAGGAUCCAAUGGGAGGGUACCGGCACACCUGGGAACAAAAGCACGGACAACACCAGCGUCCUUGUGGACGGACUGCAGCCCGGGUCCUGGUACCAGUUUGCCGUGUGGGUGGAGCUAAAUGGAACCCGCAGCUCCGAGGAGACUUGCAAUGUCAGCACAGUUCCCAAUGUAGUGACAAGUCUCAGGAUGCAGAACCGGACCAACAGCUCCCUCACCUUGAGCUGGACAGCUCCCAUGGGCCCAGAUCGUCCUUCCUACACCUACUGGGUCUCGUGGGUCACGGAGGGCACUAUGGUCAUUAACACUCAGGAUACCAGGGUCUCUAACACUUCGGAUACGAGGAUCACACUGGAGCAGCUGGAAGCUGGGAGCUUGUACACCUUCACUGUCCAGGCGGAGAGGAAUGGGGUCAGCAGUGACAUCAGGACACUCACAGAAGCCACUGCUCCCAACAGGGUCACGGAUCUGCACAAGGAAGCUCAGACCAAUAGCUCCAUCACCCUGCGAUGGAAGGCCCCCACAGACCCCCACUCUCAGGCAUACAAAUACUGCAUCCAGUGGGCCGCUGGGGGACAUCCCCAAGGAGACCAUGACACCCGAGGACAUCAGGCCAACCAGACACGAGAGACCAAUCACACCUACUAUGAGGUUCAGGCCCUGGAACCCGGGACUCUGUACAACUUCAGCGUGUGGGCAGAGAGGAGCAACGUGGCCAGUUCUGCACAGGGCCUCCUUGAAUCCACAGCCCCAAGCCCGGUCACCAUCACCUCCUGCAUCAGCAUCUCUGGGGGCCACGGGGUCGUCUUGACCUGGUCCUGCCCCCGAGGAGGCUAUGAGGCCUUUGAGUUGCAGGUGGGUGGACAGCAGGACUCUCAGAACAGGUCGUCCUGCGGGAAGAGGGUGUCUGUGUGGGGUCUCUGGCCGGCCCAGUCCUACCCAGCCAUUGUCACGACCAUCUGGGAUGGAAUGAGGGCCCCGUCUGCCUCUGUGACCUGUCGCACCGAGAACUCAGGGGUCAUUGUGGGAGCCAUUGUUGGUGUCACCCUGUUUCUCAUCCCGGUGGGUCUGCUGAUUUUCUUCCUGAAGAAGAGGCACGAGAAGAGCCAGAGGGAACCAGCACCCAGGGGUCUGGUCUUCAGCUUCUCAGAGGACAUCCUGGCGGAAGACUUUGCUGACCAUGUCAGGAAAAAUGAGAAGGACAGCAAUUUUGGCUUUGAGGAGGAGUACCAGCAAUUGGCUCUGGAGACCCACAGCCAGUCUCAAACAGUGGCCUUGGCUCCUGAAAACAGCACCAAGAACCGUUACAGAAACGUGCUCCCCUAUGACUGGUCCCGUGUGCCCCUGAAAGCCAUCCAGGAGGAACCAGGCUCUGACUACAUCAACGCCAGCUUCAUGCCUGGUCUCGAGAACCCCCAGGAGUUCAUCGCAACCCAGGGCCCCCUGCCCCAGACGGUGGGUGACUUCUGGCGCCUGGUGUGGGAGCAGCAGAGCCGCACCCUCGUCAUGCUGACCAACUGUGUGGAAUCUGGCCAAGUGAAGUGUGAACAUUACUGGCCUCUUGACGCCAAGCCCUGCACACAUGGGCACCUCCAAGUGACGCUGGAGGGUGAGGAGGUGCUGGAGGACUGGACAGUCCGAGACCUGACGCUCCAGCACAUGCAAGAGCAGAAAACGCUGCCUGUGCGACAGUUCCAUUACAUGACUUGGCCAGACCAUGGCGUCCCCCACUCCACAGACCCCAUGCUGGCCUUCCGGAAGGUGCUGCGGCAGUGGCUGGACCAGACCUCAGAGGGAGGCCCCCCCAUUGUGCACUGCAGUGCUGGUGUGGGCCGCACAGGUACCCUCAUUGCCCUGGACGUCCUGCUGAGGCAGCUGGACCGGGAUCAACGUGCGGGGCCCUUCAGCUACGUGCAGAAGAUGAGGGAAAGCCGGCCUCUGAUGGUGCAGACUGAGGCCCAGUAUGUCUUCCUGCACCACUGCAUCCUACGGUUUCUCCAGCAGUCAGGCCGAGUCCCAACAGACAAUGGGGUUGCAUAUGAGAACCCGCUGUAUGAGAAUGUCUGAGCCUCAAGAGGGCUGAGAUGCCAGACCGGCUAGACUCGAAGUCUGGACCCCCACUUCAGCCCAGGUUCCUGGAGUCCUGGGACAGCACAGGGCUGGGGUCCCAGACUCUGGGGUCUUGCAGGGGGAGAAGAGGCCUGGCAGCCUAAACUAUUUCCAUGGAGGAUGAAGGACAGGUGGGAGCAGGUAUCCUGGUUAUCCAGGAAUUCAUGUAUCCUGGACUUCCUCUGAGGAAGGACGGAUGGGAGCUAGGAUUUCCUUCUUCUUUGAUGGAGGAGGAGGCUGGGGGCUCAGGCUGCAGGGUCUUUGAGAAAGAAGAUGGAUUCUGAGGAAGGAAGAAAUUAGAGUCUGGAAUUCUAGUGACCCCAGGAGCAAGGGCAGGCAGGAUCCACCCAUGUUUUAUUCCAGAAACCAAAUUAGGCUCCUAGUAUCUGAGAUUUCCCUGCACCCCACUGCUUGUACAUAUUUUCUCUUCUAUCCCAUAAUUUAUUAAAUCACUAUUCUCUCCAGAGACGCUUGCUAUAGUGGAU